AUGGCCUCAAAUAUGAUUAGGCUUGCAUUUCUUUCUACUCUCUUUCUUGCUGUUAAAGGCGCACCCGCGGGGUCUGAUAUAGGAGGGCUUCCGUUUCCUUUUCCGUUCUGUGCUUCUACCACAACUGUAACUCUGUCUGGUACUUUCACUGUAACAUCUACGAGCACAGUGAACUCGGUCACCAGUGUAGUCACACGCACGGCACUUCCCUCUGUGACUGUUGAAAGAGUCAACACUACAGUCUACUCGCCUACAGCCAUCAGCUGUAUGAGCACUGCAAAGACACUUGGACCCUACCCAGCUCCCCUCAUCACCCUAGGAGCCCGCGCAGAUGCAGCAUCGGCUGAGACAGCAGCCAGUAAUUGCCCGACGCUGCCAACAGUGACAAUCAUUCCGCCUUCAGUUACACCCGGGCCUUGCACAUGCCUAAGCGGUUCUUUCGAUGUUAUUACUGAUACCGUGACAACGACUAAGACUGGAGUGUCUACAACCACUACUACUCCAGUUAGCACCAUCACUGUCACUGAAACCUGGAUUUUGCCAACUCCUACUGCGUAUAAAGGGGUGAACUACUACCAAUACCUUAACAAGUAUGUCUAUCCUUACGGCGCAGGAGGUUGUGCAGACUGUGGCUUCGGCGGCGGUGGCUACGAAACCUCCGACUGGAAUGGUAACUACAGUUACUAUACCAGCGGACUUACUCAAAACAUCAACCUUGAGUCUGAGAACUAUCUCGACUGGAACACCAUCUUUUGCCAACUGCCUGGCCAGGCCUCAGCAACAGACUGCAGCCAGUGGACUGUUGUCUUCCAAGGAUUCCUCCAUGCCACCCAGACCGGCAAGUAUACUGUUGCCCCUUACUCAGUCACGGAUAAUGCGCUCUUCUUUUGGGGUGGACAGAAGGCGUACUCAUCCUAUGCAAAUGGCAACGUGGAUGGCGGUGUUAGCUAUACUCAGCCAGCAGGUCUGCCUACUACCUUUGACUACGAUUUGGUGGCUGGAGAAUUCUUCCCCAUUACUUUCAUUUACGUCAAUGGAUAUGGGCCGGCUAAGACUCAGGUUACCAUAACUGAGCCUAAUGGCACCACGUAUCCACAGGACUUGAACUUGUUUGUGCCACCUUGCCCUAAUAGCCCCUUUGUUCCUUAA